AUGGAUCCUAUCGAACAAAUGCGUCAACAAGUGUGUGAGGAGCUCCACGGUGCUGUCACCAUCAUUGUAUUGGGUGCCUCGGGUGAUUUGGCAAAGAAGAAGACCUUCCCUGCUUUGUUUGGGUUAUUCAGAAACGGCUUCUUGCCUGGCAACACUCGUAUCGUUGGUUAUGCUCGUACCAAGAUGGACCAUGAUCAAUUCAUCGAUCGUGUUACUCAUUACAUCAAGUCAAAGGAUCAUGAAAAACAAUUGGAGGAGUUCAAAUCCAUUUUGUCCUAUUUGCCUGGCCAAUACGAUGAAGAUGAAUCCUUUAUCAAAUUGGACAAGGCUGUCCAUGAAUGCGAAGAGGAGCGCAAGAUUGAGGUUGGUAGAAGACACCGUGUCUUUUACAUGGCUUUGCCUCCUUCUGUCUUUAUCCCUGUUGCCAAGGGUUUGAAGAAGAACGUUUAUGCAAAGGAAGGUCUUAACCGUAUUGUGGUUGAGAAGCCUUUUGGUGAAGACAGCGAGUCUUCUGCACAUCUUGCAAAGGAAUUGGGUGCUUGUUUCACAGAAGAGGAGACGUUCCGUAUCGAUCAUUACCUCGGUAAAGAAAUGGUCAAGAACGUCAUGAUGGUCAGAUUUGCCAACAUCUUCUUUUCUCAAAUCUGGAACCGCUCCAACAUUGACAAUAUUCAAAUCACAUUCAAGGAGCCCUUUGGUACCGAGGGACGUGGUGGCUACUUUGAUGAAUUUGGUAUCAUUCGUGAUGUCAUGCAAAACCAUCUGUUGCAGGUGUUAUCUUUGAUUGCUAUGGAACGCCCCAUCUCCACUGAUGCUGAAGCCAUUCGUGACGAAAAGGUCAAGGUGCUCAAGUGCAUUCCUCCUAUCUCUGUCAAUGAUGCUCUUCUCGGCCAAUACGUUGCUGCUAAUGGUAAGCCCAGUUAUCUCGACGAUGAGACCAUCAAGAACAAGGAUAGUUUGACUCCUACUUUUGCUGCUCUCGUCUUGUUUAUUCAAAACGAGCGCUGGGAAGGUGUUCCAUUUGUGUUGAAGGCUGGUAAGGCAUUGAACGAAGCCAAGGUGGAGGUGCGUAUUCAGUUCCGUAACGUUGCUGGAUCUCUUUACAAGAACGCUGCUCGUAAUGAGCUUGUGAUGCGUGUUCAACCCGAUGAGGCUGUGUAUAUCAAGUUUAACAACAAGCAGCCUGGUCUCUCUUAUCAAACCAUUCAGACUGAACUCGAUUUGACCUACCACAGCCGUUAUACCGACUUGGCUAUCCCUGAUGCCUAUGAAUCCUUGAUCUUGGAUGUCCUGAGAAACGACCACAGUAACUUUGUCCGUGAUGAUGAAUUGGAAGCUGCUUGGAAGAUCUUUACUCCCUUGUUGCACAAGAUUGAUGCACAUCACGAAGACAUCAAGCUAUCCAACUACAAGUACGGUUCAAGAGGUCCUGCUGAAUUGGAUGAUUUCAUGAAAAAGUAUGGUUACGAUCGCUCCAAUGCCAACUAUAGCUGGCCCCUUCAAAGCGUUGCCCCUGGAAAGCAAGAGUAA